UGACAUUUGUAAUGAGAUUGACAUUUGACGUGACUCUUUCAAUCCCUUUUCUUUUUGUAGGUUACGUUGAGUGAGUAACCUACGCCCGUGAUUUGGGAUUUUUAUAAAAAUGGCGUUCGUGAAAGUGGUUAAAAACAAGCAGUACUUUAAGAGGUACCAAGUCAAAUUCAAGAGGCGUCGCGAGGGAAAGACUGACUACUAUGCACGUAAACGCCUUAUUGUACAGGACAAAAACAAGUACAAUACGCCCAAAUAUCGUCUGAUUGUACGUCUUUCCAACAAGGAUGUUACAUGCCAGGUCUCAUACUCAAGAAUUGAGGGAGACCACAUUGUAUGCGCAGCAUACUCACAUGAAUUACCUAACUAUGGUAUCAAGGUCGGCUUAACCAACUACGCAGCUGCUUACUGCACUGGACUGCUGCUGGCCAGACGUCUCCUGCAGAAGUUUGGUCUGGACUCCCUCUACACUGGUGCCACCGAGGUUACUGGUGACGAGUACAACGUAGAGCCAGUAGACAAUGGCCCAGGUGCCUUUAGAGCAUACCUUGAUGUGGGUCUUGCAAGAACCACAACUGGUGCCCGUGUUUUCGGAGCCAUGAAGGGUGCCGUCGAUGGUGGCCUUAACGUACCUCAUUCCAUCAAAAGAUUCCCUGGCUAUGAUGCCGAGGCAAAGAAAUUCAAUGCUGAAGUUCAUAGAGCACACAUUUUCGGCCUACAUGUUGCUGAAUACAUGAGAAACCUAGAACAAGAGGAUGAGGACUCAUUCAAAAGACAGUUUGGAAAAUACAUCAAGUGUGGAAUCACAGCUGAUGCGAUCGAGGGUCUAUACAAAAAGGCUCAUGAAUCUAUCCGUGCAAACCCUGCCCAUAAGAAGAAGGAUGGCAAGAAGGACCCUGCCAAGCAGAAACGCUGGAACAAGCGCAAGCUGACCCUUGCAGAGAGGAAGAACAGGAUAAAGCAGAAGAAGGAGUCCUUCCUCAAGCGAUUGCAAGCGCAGGCCGAGGCGUAAAUGAUUGCCUGAAUAAAACCAGCGUUGCAUCUGUA